UUUCUAGUAAAUAAUACAACCAUAUCACAGUUGAGAAUGCAAUAAAACCCUCGUCCCCCUUCCUUUGAAUUCAAACGUGAGUAAAUUGUGUUAACCAAACGAAUGUAUGGAGCUACGACCGGCCACGUUGGUGUUCAAAGUUCACAGGAAGAAGCCGGAGCUUAUAUCUCCGGCGAAGCCAACGCCACGGGAACUCAAGAUUCUCUCCGACAUUGAUGAUCAGUACGGUCUAAGGUACCAUCUCCGCGCUAUCUUUGUCUACAGACACAACCCUAUCAAAGGGGCAAAUAAUAACAACAAUGAGAACGUUCCUGCUCUGGUGAUUCGUAAAGCGUUAGCCGAAACGCUGGUUUACUAUUACCCGUUUGCCGGCCGGCUCCGGGAAGGGCCUAACCGGAAACUGAUGGUGGAUUGUAACGGAAAAGGCGUAUUGUUUGUCGAGGCAGAUGCUGACGUGGCUCUCGAUGACUUCGGACAAGAUCUUCAUCCCCCUUUCCCUGAGGAACUUCUGUCUGAUGUGGAGGAUUCGAUGGGGAUUCUGAACUCUCCUUUGAUACUCAUCCAGGUUACGCGUCUGAAAUGCCGCGGAUUUAUCUUUGCCCUCCGAUUCAUUCACGCCUGCAUGUGCGAUGCUGCUGGUCUAUCCCUGUUCUUGAAAACACUAGGCGAGAUAGCGCGUGGAGCCACCGAGCCAUCUAUCCCACCUGUGUGGGACCGUCACCUCCUGAACGCUAGGGUCCCGGCUCGUGUAACACACGUGCACCGCGAGUACGACAAGUUCCAACGCUCCAAUGGAGGUAACGUCGUUCCAUGUGACCGCAUGAUCCAACGCUCCUUCUUCUUCGGUCCCAGAGAGAUCUCAGCCAUCCGUAGACUCGUUCCACCCGAGAUCCACGGCCGGACCACAACCUUUGAACUACUUAUGUCGCUCCUCUGGCGUUGUCGAACCAUCGCCCUACAACCGCUCCCGAACACCGAAACGCGGAUCGUGAUCUCUGUGAACGCGCGUCCUCUUCUUCAAAACCCGCCCCUACCACCUGGAUACUACGGAAACGCGAUCGCAAUUCCUGUGGCCAUAGCUACGGCCAGAGAACUAUCGGAACGACCUCUGGAAUUCGCGUUAAGGCUGGUGCAAGAGGCGAAAUCCGGCGUGACGGAGGAUUACGUCAGGUCCAUGGUCGAUCUAUUAGGAACAAGAGGUCGAAAACACGUGAUGACAUCGGAUACCUUCCUCGUAUCAGACGUGCGGCGUGUCGGUUCGGAGGACAUUGACCUGGGGUGGGGCCCGGCGGUGUAUGGAGGACCGGCAGAGGGCCGUAUGGGUGGCUUUGACGGAAUUAGCUGGCUCGUAUCGUGUAAGAACACGAACGGUGAGACCGGAACCCUCGUGCUGAUCAUUUUGCCGGAGCCAGCGAUGAAGAGGCUCGCGGAACAGCUAACCAAUAUCGUCGACAACGAUGAAAGUGACAGGCCCAUUAAAUCUUCGCUCUAG